CUUUUAUUUUCUAUUUUCGUGCUAUCUAUCGAUACAUGUUUUUUUUUUUUUUUUAAAUCGUCAAAUACAUCGCUCCUCAUUUAGCUCAGAACCGAACAGUUAAUAUUUUAUAGAUACUGAUAACAAUGACUUUCGAAAUUCUCUUUAUCCAACUCUAUCAGCAGGUGGGUAUUAGUUGGCAGACAGAGUACCUUUGGAAGAAAAAAAAUAUCGUCUUCUCUACGGAUACCUACUGAAGCCAAUAUGAUCGAUGUCGAUGAUUUAACGACGAGCACGAAUCAAAAUAGGGCAACCGUUGUUGAACCAAGUGCGCAAAACAAACAUAACAUUCGCUUAUCUUUGUAUCCGGCGACAUGAUAUACAAAAAUUGUAUUCUAUCGUCGUCAGCCAAACUCACAUUCCACGCCGAACCGUUUCGAAGGAACCCAUAAUAUGUUCACGAUGUCUUAUUUUCUGCGGGUUUUCUGUCUGGCCGCCACCCUUAUUUACGCAUUGCACCCAUCGGCCGUCGUCCGGUGUUUCUCCAUGUACCAACAGCCCAGCGUCAUGCAACGAAUAGCGAAGUCCGUGUUGGCCGACGACAUGUCGUGGCUUAAGCUCAUCAACGCCGAGAUAAAAAUCAACUGGGAAAAUCUGGACGAGCACAUAAUCAGCAUGUUGAACGAACUGGGUUUCGUGGAAAUUGGUUCGUCGGUUAGAGCUCAACCGAUCCUCCGGCACUUGGCCACGGAUCGGGGCGUCACCGGGUCCGAGUUAUCGUUCGGCAUCAAAGUGAUGGGUACUGCCAUCUUUUGUCAUUUUGCCAAGACCGUGUAUGUAUUAAACAUCAUUAUAGCGAUGUACUCGGUGCGUCCCAAAGUGACGGUUAAAUCCGUUCAGGAGUACGCAUCGAAACUCCAAAUGUUGAUGGUCAAAUACGUGGACAAGCUGGCCGCGUUUGACGAGCCGAUUGACUUCUUCCUAAAAACAAUCGGAUUCCUAAACGAAACUUUCAUGCGGAUGAAAGGCAAACUUGAAGAAAAGAUGACUCCUAUGAUAGUGCUACAGCACUAUGGUUUUUCAAAAAUCAGGGCCGAAAGCGAGGAUAUAUUGAAAAAAAAGUGCACCAACCCGAAAGACGUACAAAAUAUCGCUAAGUCGGUGAGUAUUAACCAUUUAAACACGACAUUGUUCACCAAGGAUUUCAGGAACGUAGACACACACCAAAUCGUCGCUAUGAUAGAUCUUAUGGAUUCGUACGAGUACGUCGAAUUCUCCAGUUUGGGCGUUGACUACUGGCAAAAAAAGCUCGAGGUUUUCGAGUACAAAGCACGGGUCAUCGGUAAAUUCAACAGUAAUCAGUAAGUACCGAACGAAUGCUAGUUGAAGUUUAGUCCGCUAUUAAUUUCCAAGCGAUGUUAUUAUUUUAAGAAACUUAAUUAUUAUAUUAGGUAUCUAAUGAUAUACUAAACCGGUUGUUUAAUUAAAUAUUAUUAUUAUAUUGUAUAACUUCUCCCUCUUAUCCCCUCCACCAUUCGAAUACAAAAUAAUACAUAACAUACUCGUUGUGUUUACUUUUUUUUUUACUCGAAUGUUGUCCGAUCAUCCUUAUUGUUAUCGUAAAAUAAUUGCAUUCAAUAUUGUCAGUUUACAAUGCCAAACUGACCAAGCUGGUUUUUUUUUUUAAUGCUGCAGCUUCCACAUCUUCUUUAUGUAGUUCAUUAUGGUUGAUGACUUUAUGAUUAUAAACGUAUACUCUCAGAUACUCCUGGUUUUGAGAUUUUUUUUUAUUGAUAAUAUAUCUGGAGCUUUUAGAAUUGAUUCUUUUGACUUUAUAAUUUGUUUGGCCAAUUGAUCACGAUACAGGUUUCUAUAAAAAUCUUUAUUUGAUAAUUGGGGCCUAUUUUCGAUUUCUUUGUGAAUAAUGAAGGCAUUAGUAAUCAAGUAAAUGGGAAAACUAGACGCAUAUACCAUUUUUAACAUUUCCUAUCUAAAGAAUAAUCUUGAAGUUGUCCACUAAGAUCAUAUUUGUAUUAUAAUCUAUAUAUAGUUAUAGUAAAUAAAUAUAUAAAUAAAAAAUGUAUGCAUAAAAGUAAAAUAAAUAAAUGUUUAGUAAAAGCGUUUGGUAAAAUUACUAGUCGAACGACUAGUCGCGUUUUACAUUUUGACUGUGAUAUACCUGAUGAUGAAUUUUUAAUUCGAAACCGGUCGUAUAAUACACUUGUCAUAAUACUCCAGGCAACGUAU